AUGAACUUGCUAGCGAUCUUAGGAUUUUCUAGAUUAGAGGGUACAACUUUAGAGACGACGAAACUGCUAUCUGAUUUUAUUAAUUUUCAAUUCGAUGAUUUCAAUGGUGAUAGCCUGACAGAGAACGAAGCUUGGCAGAGACAUUCUAAAAGUAUCAAAUCUCUCCAAACAAUUGCUUUCAAUGACUUUCCUGAGCUCAGAGUAUUGGCAUUAAGCAAUUUUGGAUCGAUUCACAACCGCAUCGAUUUAGAAGAGCAUUUACUACCGCUAUCACUUGAAAAACUUAGACAGCUCGCCAGCAAGGUUGGCAUCAGAUAUUCAUAUCCAGAAGAAAGAAAAAUUAAUGAUGUUUUUAAUACCUCACAAGGUAUUUUUAUCGAAUGCUUCGUGGAGAAGUAUAGAAUUAAGCGGACAUCAAAAGAAAUUGGGCAUAUGCUGGAGGUUUCUCUAGACGAAACAGGUUUGGCUUCCACUUUUCUAGAACAGUGUGAUGCCUGCUCAGCUCCCAACGGAGAAUACCCAACUACUUACAGUUUAUCAUUGCAGUAUCUCAGUAUCGACGAUUUCUUGAUACGCUCUUUCAAUUUGUGGAAGUUGGAAUAUAUGUACCAUAUUCGUACUCAUAUUGAUAGCGUGGCAAAAAGAAUUAGACCCAGAUUGGCAUCAAGUGGGUUAAAGCGUAAGAAAGGAAAGGAGCAAGACAAUGCAAUCAAUUACGGGAAUGGCAUUAGUGAAGAUGGGACAGAGAAGUCGCGCGAACUUUAUUUAGAAGGGUCAAGUAAAUUUGCAGCAAAGGUAAUUGGCAAGCCAGUUGUUCUAGAUGUUGCUCCUCCUUUAGUGGGCGAUGAUAUUCCUUCCUAUGUCCGCGUUGAAGUUGUGCUAGAUUUAGAACGGACCAGUACAGAAGUCCGUAAGGGGUGGGAGUCACUUCAAGAGGGAGAAAUUUUAUUUUUGACAAGGUUUGAAGGUCCAGUCGUUAAGUCUACGGAUGGCUUAUCUCGCAUCGGACUGAAAUACCUGCGUUGCGGAGAAUUCGUUCGUAUGCUAGAUGAAAAUAACAGAGACAUCGGUAAGGGUGGCCAAAGCAAUGGACGCAGAAGGAAAUUACAUAUCAAUUAUGAUGCUCGACGGUAUGACAUAGACGAAACGAGUUUGUUCGAAGGGUUCAACCUGGUGGUCCGAAAUCGCCCUGUAGAUGCUAACUUUGUCCCCGUACUAAGCUCGUUGAAGAAACUACUUGAAGUGCCAUUUACACUUCCUUCUUGGCUCACCGAUAUAUUUUUAGGAUUUGGUCAUCCGGCGGCAGCUUCUUGUAUUAGUCCAAUAGCGAACUGGAUAAAUUUCGGAUAUACAUUAGAAGAUGCGGCACAUAUGAGUGAAGUAUUUCCUGGAUCUAUCGAGGUUGAAAAAUUGACUCCUGGGGCUCAAUACAAGAUACGACAAAAGUCUGCCGAUGGGGUCAUUGAACUGAGCAAUAACAAUGAUAUUAAUUUAUGGAAGAAGCCGUCUAAUGCAGUUAAAUUCACUAAUAAGCAAGUGGAAGCGAUCUUUAAAAGCAUACAUAGGGGUUUGAGCGUUGUGGUGACUCCCCCGGGUACUGGCAAGUUGGAAGUUGCUGCUCAAGUCAUCAGCAUUCUGUACAAUAACUCGGAAGGGAGAACGCUUCUCAUGGCACGAUCCGACGCAGCACUGAGCCAUCUUUUCAAGAGACUUGCCCAAGCUGGGCUUCCUGAACAGCACCUUCUAAUGCUGGGAGACCACUACCAUAGCUCGGAUUCAGGGGCAGUGUCAAAGUUUGGCAGAUUAGAAACCAUUCUGCAAUCACGCCGCUCAUUGCUGAAGCAAGUUGACCGCUUGUCUGAGCUCAUGGGCAUUCCAGGAGCCUAUGGAGAUUCAUGUGAGUCAUCUUUGCAAUUUUUCAAUUUAUAUGUUGAGCCAACCUGGAAGUUGUAUGUUCAGGAUAAACAAGCUAUUCCAUUCCCUUUUGAAGGGUUUUCUACAGAGUCAUCGUCAGAUAUGGUAUACCUAGAAAUCCGUCAUUUAUUUGAGCAACUAGAAAGUUUGCGUCCCUACGAGCUGCUACAAACAAAUAAAGAGAGAUUGAAAUAUCUUAUCUCACGGGAGUCCCGGGUUGUAGCAAUGACAGCAGCAUACGCUACACGCAAUCGAGAAGAACUAGUUGAAACUGGUUUCAACUACAGAAACGUCAUUAUAAUGGAAUGUGGACAACUGACAGAACUCGAAACAUUUAUUCCUUUGACCCUGCAGAAAGAUGGGAAUAACAUCCACCGUCUUGUUUUGUUUGGGGACCAUCAUCGAGAGGUGCCUAAGAUCAAGAAUACUAUACUUGCCAACCAAGCUCACUUGAAUCAGACAGCCCUCAAUCGAUUUGUACGUCUAGGGGUACCGGUUAUUACACUCGAUGGCCAAGGAAGAUCGCGACCUGAGAUCGCAAACUUAUAUAACUGGGUGUACAAGGGACUAACCAACCUCCCUAACACAGAACAAUAUGAGAAAACCAAUGCAGGACUCUAUUUUACCUGGCAGUUUAUUGAAGUUGGCGAUUAUAAUGGUCAAGGUGAAACUGAAACAUCUCCUGGAUUCUACCAGAAUCUUGGUGAAGCGGAGAAUGCCGUGGCCCUUUAUCAAUAUAUGCGCCUGCUUGGAUAUCCCCGUGAAAAGAUCUCGAUUAUUUCGCUUUACGAGGGCCAGAAGAUGCUGAUUGAAGAGAUUGUGAAGAAGCGUUGUACAGGAAGUUUAGUGGACAAUAAAAUCUUCGGCUCUCCAAAUACUGUUAGCACUAUUGACCAGUACCAGGGAGAAGACAACGAUUAUAUCAUCUUGUCACUAGUACGCACCAAAUCACCUGGCUUUGUUUCUGACCCAAGAGUUCUGACCGAAGCUCUAUCAAGAGCACGACUAGGAUUGUAUGUAUUGGGCCGUCGAGAGGUCAUCGCAUCGAGUCCUCAAGUGGAGGAGUUCGCUAAACGGUUAUUCCCCGAAUCCUCUGGUGAAAACACGAAUGAUAGCACUAGCAACGAUCUAUUGGUUGUUCCAGGAGAGCUUUAUCACAAGCCACUACAAGUUCGCAAUCCAGUGGCCAUGCAGGGCCUAGCCCACCUGGGUCAAUACGUCCAUGAAAUGACCCUCAAACGUUACGAGUACGAGCAACAAAAGCACCCGUAG